AUUUAAACACAAUUAAUUAAUAUACGGACAACAUGGAAUUUAGCAGCGAUGACAACAGACAGCGCCAGCAAGACGAGAUCAUGGCUCUGCAGGCCAUAUUCGGCGACUCAUCGGUAGAGCUAGACCAAACGGCUGGACACAGCUCUUAUUUGUUGCACGUACCACUGGACUGUAUCGAGGCCCAGGCAGAUAUUCGCUUCCACUUACCGGCAACGUACCCGAGUGACGAUCCGCCGAUAUUUGAAUGGAUCGGUGCAAUCGACCUGAGGGCCAAGCACGGCGAGCAAACGCCCGGCUAUAUAUAUCCCAUGAGACAGCUCGCACUCAGUGCCAGUAUACACAGCAAUAUAGAGCAGGAGCUACACCGGAUGUGGGACGAAGACAUGUGCCGUGACGUGGUGGUAUUUAGCUGGGUGGCAUGGCUGGACGGCUAUUUGUCCGAGCACUGGCCACAACCCUUGGACCCCAUAGCAUUGCCCAAAGAGGCGGAGCCCAAAUCCACAAGCAAUACUGGCACACCAGAUGCCCAGGCAGUAAACGGCAUUGAUUUUAGCAAACCACUGGUGGCCAGUUCUCACGUUGUUAUUAGUGGAUCUAGUGUUCCAGAAAUCUACACGGGGGCUGCGCUGGAGAUGAAAAAGAGCGUUUUUGUUGCGCACGUUGCGCGGGUGAAGAGCGCCGAAGAUGUGCAAAAUGUGCAUGAUGCGCUUUUGCAGGAUAGAAAAAUUGCCCAGGCCACACACAACAUCCUAGCUUACAGAAUUCAGCUGGAAAAUGGCUCUAUUAGUCAGGAUAACGAUGAUGACGGGGAGACGGCGGCUGGAAAGCGGCUGGGACACUUGCUGCAACUUUUGGAGGUUGUCAACGUGAUGGUUGUGGUCACUCGGUGGUACGGUGGAACGCAUUUAGGACCUGACCGGUUCAAGCUUAUUAAUAAUGCGGCCCGACAGGCACUAGAAACAGGCGGCUUUAUUUCCAACCAACCUAAGACCCCCGCUACGCAAUCCAAACAGCGCGCCAGUAAUAGCAGGUAGCUUGAGCAAUUUAUAUAUUUAAACUCGUUUUGCCAACCU